AUUGGUGAAUUCAGAAAGGGGUGUGUAGAGGGAUAUUUGGAGUGAGUGUAUAUACGUUAUCGGAGAUCAGUUGGACAUCAGUUUCCACUGGCAACCUGCAUAGAAGACAACAGACCAAGAAGAAAUCCCCUAGACACCGGUGACACGAUGACCAAGAUGCUGAUGCUGUCCAUUUUGGUUGCAAUUUUCUUCAGUGCAUGUAUGUGUGACUCUACUGGGCAAAACGAGUGCACAGUAGAACGACUUGAACCUACAAUAGAAGCAACGACAUGCGGUGGAUGCACAACCAUCCGAUACACCAACGGGACACUCAUUGAGAUACAGUUUUUCACAAACGAGACGAUGACUGUGGCCCAGGUAGGAGAUGACACCAACUCAUGCUACGUACAACGCCUGACCCUGAUGCCAGAAGGGAUUGAUUAUGCUGAGACUACUUUGACUGAGGUUGCUGAGGAUGCUGAUGAAGAUAAAUCUGCCGCAAUCCAAGCUCUUGUUCCCGAGUGCCAAGGUCGGAACAUCAAAAUCUUGGAGGAGGCAACUGAAGAACCUAACACAAGAAGAAAGAAGAGACGGUGCUUUUAUUAUCUUCGCUGUACACAGGUGUUUCGUUUAGGGCUUGGGUGGUUCAGUUACUGUAGAUAUGUGUAUAUUUGCAGACCAUUUUGGGGUUAAUAGAAAUAGUUAGCUUGAAUAACAUUAUGACCAUUUUGUUAUGUUCUAUGUUUGUCUCAAUUCAAUGACUACAAAAAUACAUAUUAAUAAUUUCCUGGCAGGUGUCAAAUUGUAUUAUCCAGUCGAGUUCUAGUGAUAUUUGCAAAAUAUAAUAUUUUUGUCCAUACUAAUUAAACUAGGUGUUUUGACAAUGCGAAAUUCUGUACUAGUUUUGCAAAUAUGUUUUUAAUUGAAUAAAUAUUCAUCAUAGACAAA